AUGUCAGCUGUUAUAGAGCAGGAGCCUAGAUUACCUGAUCAACAGCAAGAAGGUGGCGGGAUGGGGCACGUUGCGAGACAAAUUGUCUUACUCAUGCUUCCAAUCAACCAUGCUAAUGAUGACAUCGAUGGAACCAUAGCGUUUCUGGUUUCUCAAGCAGUCAUGAGAGCAAUGGUGGAGGAAGGGUGUCGGCAGGAGGAAAUGUGGCCUGGUGUAGAGGACAUGUGGCCUCAAGUGGAAAAUGACGUCUGGCCUGAUGUAGAGGACAUGUGGCCUGAAGAUGAGGAUGUGUGGCCAGAUGUGGAAGAGGACUGGUAUGUCUGGAACAAUGUACAGGAGAAUGAGGAAGCAGAAGAUGACCAGUACUACAAUAAUGAGGAAGAUGAGGAGGAGGGGGACGAUGACAACUAUGAAUACGAAGAGAAAGAGGAGGAGGAGGAAGAGGACAACAAAGGGGACAAACAAGAUGAGAUUCCAUGUGAGGAGAUCAUCCUGCAUGCCUGCAAGGCACAAAAAGUUCAGUCCCUGAACAAUCACAGAUUCAAGAGAGACAAAAUAUCUCCAAGAAGUCCAGACCUGGCAAUGGAAGCUCAGCAUUGGGAAGUGCCUCCAAGGAGGCACCGGCAGCCAACAUCCUCACUCUUCUUCGUGGUAGUCGCCUUCACAACAACGCCUCAGCCCACCAACCCCUUCAAAGCUCAGCGUUUCAAUAAGAUCUUCGCUGUCAGGUAG